AUGUUUUAUCAUUGGUUCACCUACACAAAAAAAUUUAGUUUUGCCAAUGGUUCAAAUAGACAUGGUUUGCAACAUGUACCAGCUAUUAUUGGUCGUCCUAUAUCAGAAUAUUUAAGUGAUUUUAAAUAUCAUUCAAUUGAUUUAACAUGUUUUGAUUUUCAAAGUAUUAUUAAUAAUACUCCAAUAUUUGAACCAAUGGUUGUUUAG